AUGACUUCUAAACUUAGAGCAGUUCGUUCAGGACAAAGAAGUGCUGUUACAAGACUUUUGAAAAAAUUGGAGGAAUCAUUUUUAGAGGAAAACAAUACAGAGGAUAUAGAGACUAUAGUAUCAACACUAAAGGAGAAGCAAGAAAUUCUUAGGAAUCUAGAUGACAGAAUUCUAGAAGAUACAGUUGAAGAGGAUGUGGAAAAGGAAAUCCUUGAGGCAGAUGAGUACAAAUUUAAUAUAGAGUCAAAAAUUAAGAAAAUCAAAAAACAUCUCUUAGUACAAGGAUCAACUUUAAAUGCAACUGCCAGCAGUUACCAGUAUUUGGAUCGCAAUGAAAAUCUUCAAAUCGAAAAGAAUGCUCAUUCGACGCAUGAUUUUUCUCAAAAUUCAUGUGUUCAGCAGACCGUUACAAGCCUCAAUUUGAAUCCAAACUCUAAUAGUGGUGCUACUCACUCAGCAAACUCCCAUAAGUUACCGAAACUCAAUCUACCAAUUUUUGAGGGAAAUCUUCUUGAAUGGCAAACAUUUUGGGAUUGUUACAAUACAAGUAUUCAUGGGAACAACAGUUUAUCUGAUGUAGAAAAAUUUAGCUACCUUCGGUCAUUGUUGUGUGGAGAAGCACUUCGCGUUAUCUCAGGAUUUAGUUUGACCAAUACAAACUACAGACAGGCAAUAGAUGUCUUAUUUGAAAGAUAUGGGCAAAAUCAUAAAAUCGUCAAUGCGCACAUACAGGCUCUUAUCAACAUACAACUACCAAAGUCUAAUCCAGAUUGUUUUAGAAUUUUUUAUGACAAAAUGGAGUGCUGCAUUAGAGGUUUGGAGUCCUUGGGCACUGACGAAACCACGUAUGGGACGAUUCUAACACCCAUGAUUUACAACAAGCUCCCAGCAGACAUUCGGAAGAACAUUACUCGGGACAAAGGAGAUGACAACUGGGAUUUAAACUCAUUGAGGAGAGCAAUAAAGAAGGAACUUUGCGUUCAGGAUGCUGGAAAUGCUAGCAAUACAAGAUCUAACCAAAAAUCACAGGAGUUCAUCCCAACUGCUAACUUUGUUACAGGAGCAAACCAUAAGAAAACCAUCAAGCAAGGAACUACGGUAAAGCAAUGCUUGUUUUGUAAUGGAAAACACUCGCCAACGGCUUGCCAUGUCAUCACUGAUUAUGAAGAAAGGAUAUCAAUCGUCAAACAGAAGAAAGUCUGCUUUAAUUGCUUUGGAAAACACAAAGUAAGCGAAUGUCAGUCGCAUUUCAAGUGUAGGAAUUGCAAAAAGCUUCAUCAUACUAGUAUUUGCCGCAAUUCUCAAUUCCCACGAAGUACUUCAGAGAGAGCUGUUAAUGCCGAGAGCACACAAUUCAAACAGCCACAUCAACGAGAGCAGUCAUUCCAGCUUCACUCUUCAUCACAUGUUAGAGCCAACACUGAAGUGCUGCUAAAAACUGCUGUGACACCAAUUUGGUAUAGAAAUCAAGAAGUCAACUGCAAUGUUUUGCUAGAUGAAGGAGCUCAAAACUCAUUUAUAACUGAGGAGUUAGCACAGAAACUUGACAUAAAAUCAACGGGAUCCAUCACUCUAAAGAUUUCAGCAUUUGGAGACAAGAACAGUGAAGUUCGUAACCUAGAGAAAGCUACAGUUCAACUAGAAACACAAACCGGAGAGAAAAUUCCAAUGGAGGUCAUCAUCAUUCCAACAAUAGCAGCUCCAAUCUUCAACAGAGCACGUGUCAAUAUCAGGGAACUCUCAUACCUAAAGGGAUUGAAAUUGGCACACCCAAUCAGCUCAGAUGAGCAGUUCCAUAUUUCAAUGCUAAUUGGUGCAGACUACUAUUGGAGCAUAGUAGGAGACAGAAUCAUAAGAGGAAAUGGACCCACAGCGGUCGAAUCAAAGGUUGGAUAUCGUAUAUCUGGACCUAUCCACUCAUCUGGAAAACAGCAUUCAGGGAUGUUCCAUAUUUUGGCAGAUCAUAAAGUGGAAGAGGUUGACCUGGAAAAAUUCUGGAAAAUUGAAUCCAUGGGAAUUGAUGAUCACAGUGAAGAGAUAAAAGGCAAGGAGAAACUCUUGAAUUUUGCUGCUACAUCAAUCGAUAAAGAGGAUGGUCAUUAUGUUGCUAAAAUCCCCUGGAAAGAAAACUCUCCCUGCUUACCUACAAACUACGAGAUUGUGAAAAGAAGAACAGAAAAUGUUAUUCAGAGAUUAGCAAAGGAUCCAAAAAUGUUAAAGCUGUACAGUGAGAUAAUACAGGAUCAAGCAAACAAAGGAUUUAUUGAGAAAGUUGAAGAUCCAGAAAAUUCAGAAAAUAGAGUCCAUUAUAUCCCUCAUCACCCUGUGAAAAAGGACAGCACUACAACCCCGAUUAGAAUUGUGUACGAUUGUAGCUGCAAGGACAAAACUGGACAUGUUAGUCUAAACGACUGCAUUGAGCCAUACUCCCCUGUGAUGAAUGACAUCACGUCAAUAUUGACCAGAUUCAGACUGAACAAGUUUGCAGUAACAGCAGAUAUUGAAAAGGCCUUUCUUCAAAUUGAGCUUCACCAGAAAGACCGUGAUGCAACACGAUUCCUUUGGCUUAGCGAUCCAGGUAAUGCAUCGAGUCCAUUGACAACUUACCGCUUUCGAUCUGUCCUGUUUGGAGCAACUUGUUCACCCUUUAUCCUCAGCGCUACUCUGAUGAAACAUUUUCAAGAGAAUGCAAAUGAAACUUCAUCUCUUCUUGAACAAAAUCUCUAUGUUGACAAUGUUUUAGCCAGCUUCCAGAGUGAGGAAACAGCUAUGAAAUUCUACAAAGAAUCAAGAACCUUACUUGCAGCAGGAGGUUUUAAUCUUCGUUCCUGGAGCUCCAACAGUGAGAUGCUACAAAACUUAUCUAAAGCAGAAAAAACAGCGGAUGAAGACUCUGUCGUUAAAGUUCUUGGAAUGAAAUGGAAUCCACAAGAAGAUACUCUUCAAUAUGCAAAGAAUGAUACUGGACAAAAGAAGUAUCGUGUGACUACAAAGCGAGAAGUAUUGAGAGAAACAUCAAAGGUGUUUGAUCCACUUGGAUUAUUAAGUCCUAUUUCUGUGAAGGCAAAGAUUUUCAUGCAAGAGUUAUGGAAAGCUAAUUUGAAAUGGGACGAAAAACUGCCUAAGUCUAUGCAGACUACAUGGAGAGAAAUCUCAUCAGAAAUUUGUGAUGCACUGGGCAUCAAAAUAAACAGAAAUAACAGUUCGUCAAUAGAUUCAAGGUGUGAUUCAUUGCACGUUUUCUCCGAUGCAAGUCAGCAAGCAUAUGGUGCAUGUGUCUAUUUGUUAUCAAAGAACAAGAUAACAUUACUUAUGGCCAAAAAUCGAGUGACACCAAUCAAGCAGAUCACACUUCCAAGACUAGAACUCAUGGGAGCACUUAUUGGAGCAAGAUUGGGAAAACAUGUAAAAGAAAUAACAGGAGUUAAUAAAAUUUACUUUUGGUGUGACAGUCAAAUUGUACUUCACUGGAUCAUUUCACAGAAAACGCCAAACAGAUUUGUAGCAAACCGAGUAAAUGAAAUUAGGGAGAUCAGCAAAUCUUCAACAUGGCAGUAUUGUCCAACAUACUGUAAUCCUGCUGACUAUCUCACACGAGGAAUUGCCCUCAAGAAAUUCAAAGAAGAUACCCUCUGGUGGAAUGGACCAGAAUGGUUAAUGGAACCCCAAAAAUGGCCUGUAUGGGAUGGGCCAACAAAGGCAAUAUUAUGUUCCACAAGCACAGAAGAAGAGAGUGAUAUGAGUCAUCAAACGAAGGUUCAAGAUACUGUAGACAUCAAGACUGAAAGUAUACAGUCAAUAUUGAAACUUGGAGAUAAGAGUUCACUCAUGAUGUUAGUCAGAGUUCUUGCAUACAUAAGAAGAUUCAUUCACAACUGCAGACAUUCUAGUGAAAAGAGAGCAGGAUUUCUCAGUAAACAAGAGUUAGGUGAAGUUAUUAGACUGCUCAUACAAGAUGCACAGAGAACAGAGUUUACAAAAGAAAUGGAAUAUCUGAAACAUCCAUCUGGAAGGAAACCAACAUUGAUCCAGCAACUGAAACUGUUCCUCGAUAACGAAGGAUUUUUAAGGUGUGGAAGAAGAAUUCACAAUGCGCCUCUGAUGGAUAAAACAAAAUUUCCAUACCUUCUUCCAACAUAUCAUCGAUUGACGCAUCUUAUUAUUGUUGAUACACACAACAAACAUGCCCAUGCCAGUUUGAAUUCAACAAUUACCUUACUCCAUGAACAAUAUUGGAUACCGAGGAUUCGACAACGUGUGAAAGGAAUUCUUAGAGGAUGUAUCAGCUGUAGAAAAGUCAUUGGAAAGUCUUAUCAAGCUCCAGAACCCCCUCCGCUACCAAAGGACCGUCUACAGAUGAAACCUCCAUUUACCGUGACAGGCAUAGAUUUUGCAGGACCCCUUUAUGUCAAGGAUAAAUUGGGAGAAAACUCUAAAGCAUAUAUAUGCCUUUUUACCUGUGCCUCAACUCGAGCCUUACACCUAGAGCUAGUACCAAACCUAACACAGAGCUCAUUUCUUCUUGCAUUCAGAAGAUUUAUCAGUAGGAGAUCACUGCCUAGUAUCAUGAUCUCAGAUAAUGCUACAACCUUUCAAUCUGCAUCCAAGGAAAUCAUUAGAUCAUCACAUGCAGAAAACGUACAUCAAAAACUUGCUGAAUAUGGAGUACAAUGGAAAUUCAUUCCAAGUCGAGCUCCAUGGUAUGGUGGAUGGUGGGAGAGACUCAUUGGAUUGACAAAGACUUCAUUACUGAAAGUUCUUGGACGCUCAAAGAUAAAUAUGGAGACUCUUCACACCGUAGUAACGGAAAUAGAAGCGAUGCUGAAUGACAGACCACUGACUUACAUUUCAACAGAUCCGGAGGAUUUGCAGCCACUUACACCAUCUCAGUUGCUAUAUGGAAGAAGAUUGACAUCUCUACCCUAUUUGGAUGAAGAGGAUACCAACAAUGAUUCUCUAUUAAAUCACGAGAAAGCUAAUGAAUUUAUGAAACAACAAAUUCAGCUCCUACAAAACUUCUGGAACAGAUGGAAGACGGAAUAUCUUACUUCUCUGAGACAAUAUCAUCGCAGAACAGGAACAACAUGUAAUAAGAUCAAGAUUGGAGAUGUCGUCCAAGUCCAUGAUGACUUCACAAAACGUAUCAACUGGAAAAUUGCUCUAGUGGUGGACCUCACAACUGGCAGAGAUGGACUCACAAGAUCCGCACUUUUACGUCUUAGCAACGGAACCAUAACAAACCGUCCCAUUACGAAAUUAUAUCCCUUGGAAGUGUGCGAAUCAGAGCCAGAGUUGAGGAGAAGUCAAAGACUUUCUAAUUAA